AAAUUCUUUUUUGGUAUUUUUUUUUUUCGAUCUAAACCCUUUACUCUCGUGGAACCAAAUGAAACCCUAGCUCUCGUCCGUCUCUUACGGUAAAAAAAAAAAAAAAAAGGAAAAAGAAGAAAAAAUCAAAAUUGGCCAAAUUUAAUUUCGAAAAUCGAGGAAUUUCAUUAGGGUUUCAAAUCAGAAGGCUCAGAUUCAAACCCUAAUUCAUGUUUCAUGUUCGUGAUCUCCUCGAUUAUUACGAGGAAUCGGUUUCUCAGCGACAUGUUUGUCGAGAUCUGAGAAAUGCGUAGGGGCAUGUAUGAUGGAAUGUGAGAAUUGGGGUUUUUUGGUUUGGGUGUUUGGAUUGAGGAAAAGUUGAUGGAAAAUAGUGUAGAAAACUCACAUGGCGCAGAAAUUCCGAAGAAAUCUAGAUCUUUGGAUCUUAAGAGUUUGUAUAAAUCUGGAGUAAUAGAAGAGGGUGAUAUUAAGAAUUUGAAGAAGAGGAAGAAUAGUGGUGGAGAGGAUGGUGAUGAGAGGAGGGACAACAAUGACAGGAAGAAGAAGAAAAAGAAGAGUAGGAAAGAGGUGUCUCUGAGUAGUUUAAAAAAUGUUAAUGAUAGCAGCAGCAAAAAGAGUGUGGAUGGAGAAGUGUAUAGUGGUCAGUUGAGUUCUGGUUCCCACGAUUUGAAGGACUCGAAGAAGUCGGGUUCAAGUCAGAAAUUGAAUAGCAGUAGCGAGUUUAAUAGUGUUUCCGUUAGUUUAAAUGAUAAUGGAUUUCAGAUCCCCAAGCGUAAGCGGGGUUUUGUUGGGCGGAAGAAAGUUGAUGGUUCUCGAGUGUUGAAGCCAGCAGGGAAGUCUAAUAGUAAAGUGGCUCUUGUUGAUCAGGUAGCCAAUUCAAGUCCUGAUGAUUCGGGCUCCCAGGUUCAGUCUUCGAAGGUUAAACGAAAGAAAGUUUUUGAUGAGUUUAAGGAAAAUAGAAAUAGUGAGUCGAAUUUGGAUAGGCACUUGAAGGAGGAAGAAGGGAGUGUUGGUCAUUUGGUUGUAAACAAUGGUGAUACGCCGUUGAAAAAGCCACAGAGGAAUCAUAGUAGAAAAAGGAAGAAUUUGGCGCCAGAUUGUAAAAGUGUAGUGAAGGAAGCCGUGCCUUUGGCUGAUAAUUCUGUUAGGAUCUCUGAUGAUUCGCAAGAAGAUGAUGAGGAGAAUCUUGAAGAGAAUGCUGCAAGGAUGCUAUCAUCCCGGUUUGAUCCAAGCUGUACUGGGUUUUCAUCAAACAGCAAGGCUUCUGCAAUGCGAUCUGCCGAUGGGUUGUCUUUUUUGCUAUCUUCAGGUGGGGAUUUUGUUGGCCGUGGGUCUAGAUCUUUAUCUGGAUCAGAAUCUGCAUCAGUUGAUACCACUGUUAGAGUAUUGAGACCAAGGAAACAGCAUAAAGAGAAGGGACAGAGGAAAAGGCGCCACUUUUAUGAAAUUUUCCAUGGAGACUUGGAUGCAUAUUGGGUUUUGAAUAGGCGAAUUAAGGUCUUCUGGCCUUUGGACCAGAGUUGGUAUUUUGGCCUUGUAAAUGAGUAUGACAAAGAAAGGAAACUUCAUCAUGUUAAAUAUGAUGACCGAGAUGAAGAAUGGAUUGACCUAAAAAAUGAGAGGUUCAAACUUUUGCUGCUCCCUAGUGAAGUUCCUGGUAAGGCAGAGCGAAGAAAAUCAGUUAUGAGAAAUAGAAGUUCUUAUGGGGGAAAAGGAGGUUCAAAGAUUGGAAGAGAGAAGGAAAAGAGAGACUUGACUACUGAGGAUGAUAGUUGUAUAGGCAGCUAUUUGGACUCGGAGCCCAUCAUCUCAUGGUUGGCUCGAUCUACUCGUCGAAUCAAAUCUUCUCCUUCCUAUGCUGCAAAGAAACAGAAGACAUCUGAUUCAUCUUUGCAUCCUUUGUCAUCAGGUUUGUCUGAUGAAGCUGUCCAUCUGCAUGGUUGUUCUGACAAGGUUUCAUUGAGAAGGGAUAAGGAUAGAAGUAAAUUAUCUAGUAGUUCUAAAUUGCCAGAGAGAUUAUGUGACACUGUAAGGCUAAAGAGGUCUGCCCUGGAGAGCACCACUUGCUUCAAAGAUAGCAAACAGCCUAUUGUUUAUUUUAGGCGGCGGUUCCGCAAGACAGGCCCAGAAUUGUCUCAUGCAUCUGAGGACAAUCAUGUCUUUAGCACUGCACCAGAACUGUCUAAUGCAUUUGAGGACAAUCAUGUCUCUAGCAGUGCACCUUGCUCUGUUGCUUCUUUUGGCCCUCUUGUUGAUGGAAUUGCUGGCUUUGAAGAAUGUGAUGUUUCACUGGGUAGGUUGGACUUUGAUGUGCCUUUGGGGUCUGCUGACAAUGUUGGGUUGUUAGAUUUUUCUUUUCCAACAAUAAAAUCAGGGCAAAUCAGGUUUGACUUAAGCUUCCCAGUGCAGUUGGUUUUGAAUGACUAUUUUGGAGCAGAGAACUUUUGGUUGUUCCGAGCUGGGUUUCUUCUUCAGCAUGGUAUUGUGAUGACCAUGUGGCCAAAGGUUCAUUUGGAAAUGCUUUUUGUUGACAAUGUGGCUGGGUUGAGGUUUCUCUUGUUUGAAGGUUGCUUCAAGGAGGCUGUAGCCUUGGUUUCUUUAGUCCUGAGAGUAUUUCAUCGAUCUAGUGAUCAGGGAAAGUAUCUAGACUCACAAUUGCCAGUAACUUCAGUUCGGUUCAAAUUCUCAGGUGUUCAAAAUCUGACAAAACAACUUGUGUUUGCAUUCUACAACUUCUCUGAACUGAAUAAUUCAAAGUGGGUGUACCUGGACUGUAAACUUAAGAGGCAUUGUUUGCUUACCAGGCAACUACCUCUGUCAGAAUGCACUUAUGAUAAUAUUCAUGCAUUUCAAAAUGGAAGAAAUCAGUUACCUCUCACUUCUGCUUGUGUGCGGCCCACCUCUAUGAAGGGCUUAAGGAAAAGGCCUAGCCAGAGUAUAAGGGUCAUGGGUUUUGCCACGGAUUGCACCUAUGUGAAUAUUAGUCAGUUGUCUUCUAAUCCCAAUGAGAUGCACGGGAAAGUUCCCCCAUUUUCUCUUUGUUUUGCUGCUGCUCCUACUUUCUUUCUUAGUUUGCAUCUGAAGCUGCUAAUGGAACAUUGUGCGGCUCGUAUCACUUUCCAGGACCAUGAUUCAGUAGAGCAUCCUGAAAACUCUGGGAGUCUUUUUGAUGAUGAAAGUUCUAGUGCGGAGGACUGCUCUAAGGAUGCUGUUGGGAAUAAUUUAAAGGCUUUGUCUAAGGAUACUGCUUGUGAGGCAUGGCUUUCUUGUGCUAAAUCAGGGGAGAAAGAUUGGAUAAAGUCACCCUGGAAGUACCAAAAUGGUGAUGUCAACAUUGCUGGCACAUCUGGUGGUUCCCGAGAUUCUGAAAACAUUGGGACUGAUGCCAUUGUCCAGCCGCAGAAGUGGCAAAACCAUCAUUCAGACUCAGAACAGUGUGCUUUAUCGCAAAGACCUUCAGUUGAUAGAGAUAAGUCUGAUACCGGUUCCCAUUCUUUUUUGAAUGGUCUUGGUGUUGAAAUUCCAUCAUUUAAUCAAUUUGAGAAGCCUGAUGAUGGGGAAUUACCUAGUGCUCAACAUUCUACAGAUCUGUCUUGGAAUAUGAAUGGUGGCAUCAUCCCCAGCCCCAACCCCACUGCUCCCAGGAGUACAUGGCAUCGAAAUAAAAAUAAUUCAUCACCAUAUGGAUGCCCCUCUCAUGGAUGGUCAGAUGGUAAGGCUGACAUCUUUCAAAAUGGUUUUGGCAAUGGACCUAAAAAGCCUCGAACUCAGGUUUCAUACACAUUGCCACUUGGAGGUUUUGAUGUGAACCCAAAGCAUAGAAGUCAUCACCAGAAAGCACCUCCCCACAAACGAAUUAGGAGAGCUAAUGAGAAGAGACCAGCAGAUGUUUCUAGAGGCUCUCAAAGAAACUUGGAGUUUUUAUCUUGUGAUGCAAAUGUGUUAAUCACACUUGGUGACAGAGGAUGGAGAGAAUGUGGGGUACAAGUUGUACUAGAGCUUUUUGAUCAUAAUGAGUGGAAGCUUGCUGUAAAACUUUCAGGGACUACAAAGUAUUCAUACAAGGCACAUCAGUUUCUGCAGCCUGGGUCAACAAACCGCUACACUCAUGCUAUGAUGUGGAAAGGAGGAAAAGAUUGGAUCUUGGAGUUUCCAGAUAGGAGUCAGUGGGCUCUUUUCAAGGAGAUGCAUGAAGAGUGUUACAAUCGGAAUAUUCGUGCUGCUUUGAUAAAAAACAUUCCCAUUCCUGGGGUUCGCUUGAUAGAGGAAAAUUAUGAUAGUGGAACAGAAGUAGCAUUUGUUCGCAGUUCUUCUAAGUACUUCCGGCAGGUUGAAACGGACGUUGAGAUGGCUUUGGAUCCAUCACGUGUCUUAUAUGACAUGGACAGUGAUGAUGAGGAGUGGGUUUUGAGCAAUCCAAGCUCCUCUGAAAUUGACGACUGUGGCUUUGGAAAGAUCCCUGAGGAGAUGUUUGAAAGGAUAAUGGACAUGUUUGAGAAGGCUGCUUAUACUCAACAGUGUGAUCAGUUUGCAUUUGAAGAAAUAGAAGACCUCAUGGAUGGAGUUGGCCCCAUGGAUCUAAUCAAAACCAUUUAUGAGCAUUGGUGGCAAAAAAGAGAGAGGAAGGGAAUGCCUUUAAUUCGACAUCUUCAGCCACCGCUCUGGGAAAGGUAUCAACAACAAGUGAAGGAGUGGGAGCUAGCUUUGAACAAAAACAAUACCAACAUCCCUAAUGGAUGCCAGGAGAAGGCUGCACCAAUUGAAAAGCCACCCAUGUUUGCUUUCUGUUUGAAGCCACGAGGUUUGGAAGUUCCCAACAGGGGGUCAAAACAAAGGUCACAUAGGAAGUUUUCAGUUUCUGGGCAAAGCAAUGCCAUCUUGGGGGAUCAGGAUGGUUUCCAUGCUUUAGGAAGAAGAUUGAAUGGUUUUGCCUUUGCGGAUGACAAGUUUGUAUAUCCGGGUCAUAGUUAUGAAUCCCUAGAUGAUUCCCCUUUGGCACAGGCAUCGCCAAGGAUGUUUUCACCGCGGGAUGCCAGCAGCACAGGAGUUUUCUCUAUGAGCAAUGAUGGUUAUGAUAGGAAUCAUAUCCCAAAAUUUCAGAGGAACAAAUCAAAGAAAUUUGGGAUGUUUGCAUUGAAUGAUCAGCCGGUGGUGAUUUCAUACAAUCAGAGAACAAUAGACAAGAGAAAUGGGGUUCAUCGGUGGAAUAUGGGACCAUCUGAGUGGCCAAGACAGCGGCAUAAUAACUUAGAUGGGUCUCUGAGGCAUGGCAUUGAACAGUUGGAUGGUUCUGACAUUGAUGAGUUUAAGUUGCGUGAUGCAUCCGGUGCUGCUCAGCAUGCAGUUAACAUGGCUAAGCUCAAGAGGGAGAGGGCACAGCGGUUGCUUUACAGAGCAGAUCUAGCAAUUCACAAGGCUGUGGUUGCUCUGAUGACUGCUGAAGCGAUCAAAUCUUCUUCUGACGACUUAAAUGGUGAUGGAUAGAAUGAGCAAAUGAAGUAUUAGAUGAAGGGCUGUAAAUUCACCAAUUCCUUCAGCCUGCUAUUAACAUUGUUUUUUCUGGAAGCGAUCUUGUUUAUACUUUUUCACUGGUGGUGGCUGUUUGUCAUUAAUCACAGAUUCCUUAAUGAUCUUCUAACGUGAAGCUGUGCAGUAAAAGAGGUGAAAGAAUUGCUUCAACAGUGGGAUUUCCCAGUUCCUACCGCCAGUUUUUUUGCCAGCAUGAGUUCUUUGUUCAGUGCAGUUAUGUACUGAUCCCUGCAGGUUAUAGGGGUUUAUGGAAUUUUGGCUGCCAAUCUUUGUACAGAAAUUUUUUCCUUUUUUCCUUUUUAUUUGGUUCUUUCCUCCCCUUAACCUCAGUUUUAAAUGUUCGAUAAUUAAAGGAGCAGUUGGUGCAAAUAAUACAACACCAUAUGAAUGGAAUCACAAUUUCCUGUCUAAUUAAA